GCAGCAGCACAGGCAGCCUGCUGGGGGCUGACCUGAUUCCCUAGAAUCCUCAGCUCUCUUCCUCUCUCCUCCGACGUCCUUCCUUUCCUUCUCUCCUUCCCCCCCUUCCCUUCCCCAGCGAAGCAGCUGCGAGGAACAAAGAACGCGGGCGCUCCGGGAAGCAGCGCGCAAGCCCCGCGCAGUGCGCGCGGCGUCUGGCUCCUCCGAGCGGGGCUCUCCCGGCUCCACGUCCCUCCGCAGCCGCCCCCGCCUCCCGCGCUCGCUCGCUCCCUCCCGCUCGCCACCUCCCCCACCUUCGCGGCGCCGGAGGAAGGCGGCCGGGGCUCAAGAUGGCUUUAGCCGGGCUCUGCGCCCUGCUCGCCUGCUGCUGGGGGCCGGCGGCGGUGAUGGCCACGGCCGCCGGCGACGUAGACCCAUCCAAGGAGCUGGAGUGCAAGCUCAAGAGCAUCACGGUGUCGGCGCUGCCCUUCCUGCGCGAGAACGACCUGAGCAUCAUGCACAGCCCCUCGGCCUCCGAACCCAAGCUCCUCUUCUCGGUGCGCAACGACUUCCCCGGAGAGAUGGUCGUGGUGGACGACCUGGAAAACACGGAGCUGCCCUACUUCGUGCUGGAGAUCUCAGGGAACACAGAGGACAUCCCUCUGGUGCGCUGGAGACAGCAAUGGCUGGAGAACGGCACUUUGCUUUUUCACAUUCAUCACCAAGAUGGUGCCCCCAGUCUCCCUGGACAAGACCCAACGGAAGAACCCCAGCAUGAGUCAGCAGAAGAAGAGCUGAGGAUCCUUCACAUCUCCGUCAUGGGCGGCAUGAUUGCUCUGCUGCUGUCCAUCUUGUGCCUGGUGAUGAUCUUGUACACUCGCCGGCGUUGGUGCAAGCGUCGCCGGGUGCCUCAGCCCCAGAAGAGUGCCAGCGCCGAGGCAGCCAACGAGAUUCACUACAUCCCCUCCGUGCUGAUCGGCGGGCACGGACGGGAGAGUCUGCGCAAUGCCCGCGUGCAGGGCCACAACUCCAGCGGCACCCUGAGCAUCCGGGAGACCCCCAUCCUGGACGGCUAUGAAUACGACAUCACGGACCUGCGCCACCACCUGCAGAGGGAGUGUAUGAACGGAGGGGAGGACUUUGCCAGCCAGGUCACCCGCACCCUGGACUCCCUGCAGGGCUGCAACGAGAAGGCGGGGAUGGACCUCACCCCAGGAAGCGACAAUGCCAAGCUGUCGCUGAUGAACAAGUACAAGGAUAACAUCAUCGCCACCAGCCCCGUGGACUCCAACCACCAGCAAGCCACUCUGCUCUCGCACACCUCCAGCAGCCAGAGAAAGCGCAUCAACAACAAGGCGAGAGCUGGUUCUGCCUUCCUGAGCCCUGAAGGGGAUUCUGGCACUGAGACAGAAAACGACCCCCAGCUGACCUUCUACACCGACCCCUCGCGGAGCCGGAGACGCAGCCGAGUGGGCUCUCCCAGAAGUCCUGUGAAUAAGACCACCUUGACGCUGAUCAGCAUCACCAGCUGUGUGAUUGGCCUCGUGUGCUCCUCUCACGUCAGCUGUCCCCUCGUUGUCAAAAUCACCCUGCAUGUUCCCGAGCACCUGAUCGCCGAUGGGAGCCGGUUCAUCCUGUUGGAGGGGAGCCAGCUGGAUGCCAGUGACUGGCUGAACCCAGCUCAAGUGGUUCUCUUCUCUCAGCAGAACUCCAGUGGGCCCUGGGCCAUGGACCUCUGUGCCCGGCGGCUCCUGGACCCCUGUGAACACCAAUGCGACCCCGAAACUGGUAGGCAGGAGCACCGGGCAGCGGGGGAAUGCCUCUGCUACGAAGGUUACAUGAAGGAUCCUGUACACAAGCACCUUUGCAUUAGGAAUGAAUGGGGCACAAACCAGGGGCCUUGGCCUUACACAAUAUUUCAGCGGGGCUUUGACCUGGUUUUGGGAGAACAGCCUUCUGAUAAAAUAUUCAGAUUCACCUACACCCUCGGGGAGGGCAUGUGGCUGCCCUUAAGCAAGAGCUUUGUGAUCCCGCCCGCUGAACUAGCCAUUAACCCUUCCGCGAAGUGUAAGACGGACAUGACCGUGAUGGAGGACGCUGUGGAGGUCAGAGAGGAGCUGAUGACCUCGUCCUCCUUUGACAGCCUGGAGGUUCUGCUGGAUUCCUUUGGGCCAGUGCGCGACUGCAGCAAGGAUAACGGGGGCUGCAGUAAGAACUUCCGCUGCAUCUCAGACCGCAAGCUGGACUCCACCGGCUGCGUGUGCCCGUCCGGACUGAGCCCCAUGAAGGACAGCUCUGGCUGCUAUGACCGCCACAUUGGGGUGGACUGCUCAGAUGGCUUCAAUGGCGGCUGUGAGCAGCUGUGUCUCCAGCAGAUGGCGCCCUUCCCGGAUGACCCCACCUUGUACAACAUCCUCAUGUUCUGUGGGUGCAUCGAGGAUUACAAGCUCGGUGUGGAUGGUCGCUCUUGCCAACUCAUCACGGAGACCUGCCCGGAGGGAGGAGACUGUGGAGAAAGCAGGGAGGUUCCCAUGAACCAGACCCUCUUUGGGGAGAUGUUCUUUGGUUACAACAACCAUUCCAAGGAAGUGGCUGCAGGACAAGUGCUGAAAGGAACAUUCAGACAAAACAACUUUGCUCGAGGUUUAGACCAGCAACUGCCAGAUGGUCUUGUGGUGGCCACUGUUCCCCUGGAGAAUCAGUGCCUGGAGGAAAUUUCAGAGCCCACCCCUGACCCUGAGUUCCUGACUGGGAUGGUGAACUUCAGCGAGGUGUCCGGAUACCCCGUGUUGCAGCACUGGAAGGUCCGGUCUGUGAUGUACCACAUCAAACUCAACCAAGUGGCCGUCUCCCAGGCCCUCAGCAACGCGCUCCACUCCCUGGAUGGGGCCACAUCGCGUGGUGAUUUUGUGGCCUUGUUGGAUCAGUUUGGCAAUCAUUACAUCCAGGAAGCUAUCUAUGGCUUUGAGGAGUCCUGUUCCAUCUGGUACCCAAACAAGCAGGUGCAGCGGCGACUCUGGCUGGAGUAUGAAGACAUCAGCAAAGGCAACUCCCCAUCCGACGAGUCAGAGGAACGGGAAAGAGACCCCAAGGUGCUGACGUUCCCAGAGUACAUCGCCAGCUUGUCAGAGUCCGGCACCAAGCGCAUGGCGGCUGGGGUCCGCAUGGAAUGCCAGAGCAAGGGACGAUGUCCCUCCUCCUGUCCCCUGUGCCACGUGACAUCCAGCCCUGACACUCCGGCUGAGCCAGUCCUGCUGGAAGUGACCAGAGCAGCCCCCAUCUACGAACUGGUGACCAACAACCAGACCCAGAAGCUCUUACAGGAGGCCAUCAUGAGCUCACUGUGGUGCUCGGGGACCGGAGAUGUCAUCGAGGACUGGUGUCGAUGCGAUGCCACGGCUUUUGGAGCGGAUGGACUCCCCACCUGUGCGCCUCUCCCGCAGCCCGUGCUGAGACUCUCCACGGUUCAUGAGCCCAGCAGCACCCUCGUGGUCCUGGAGUGGGAACACUCAGAGCCUCCAAUCGGGGUGCAGAUUGUAGAUUACCUCAUUCGUCAAGAAAAGGUCACAGACAGGAUGGACCACUCCAAGGUGGAGACAGAAACGGUACUGAGCUUUGUGGAUGACAUCAUCUCUGGAGCAAAGUCUCCUUGUGCCAUGCCCGCUCAGGUGCCAGACAAACAGCUCACCACCAUCUCUCUGAUCAUUCGAUGCCUGGAACCGGACACCAUCUACAUGUUCACCCUGUGGGGAGUGGACAACACCGGACGGCGCUCCAGGCCCAGCGACGUGAUUGUGAAGACACCUUGCCCCGUGGUGGAUGAUGUCAAAGCCCAGGAAAUAGCAGAUAAGAUCUACAAUCUCUUCAAUGGCUACACCAGUGGGAAGGAGCAGCAGACGGCCUAUAACACCCUCCUGGACCUGGGCUCCCCCACCCUACAUCGAGUCCUCUACCACUAUAACCAGCACUAUGAGAGUUUUGGAGAAUUCACCUGGCGGUGUGAGGACGAAUUAGGUCCCAGGAAAGCUGGCCUCAUCCUUUCCCAGCUGGGGGAUCUCAGCAGUUGGUGCAAUGGCCUCCUUCAGGAACCCAAGAUAAGCUUGCGACGUGGCUCCCUUAAGUACCUGGGCUGCCGCUACAGCGAGAUCAAGCCCUAUGGACUUGACUGGUCAGAGCUCAGCCGGGACCUCAGGAAGACAUGCGAGGAGCAAACCCUGAGUGUCCCUUACAACGACUAUGGGGACAGCAAAGACAUCUAGCACCACGAUGCCAGCUGGUGGCUGCCAAAAGGAAGCAGGAAGAGAGGAGAGGAACAUCUGGGUUGGUCUGUGGAUUUUUAAUAUUUUUUAAUGGAACAUUAAAACCUCUAAACCAGGGAGAGGCAAUAUCUAAACCAGGGAGAAAUUGAUCCUUGCUCCCUGUAGAACUUCUUCGGUAUGAUGUUCUCCAUCUGCAUGAUCAGUAGACCUGCGAACCAGCA